AAAAGUCACAUGGGUAAACAAGUAUGGUUGCUGCCUUGAAACUCAAAAUGAAAAUUCUUUGUCUCUUUGUCAUUCAAUUAUCUAUUUUUGUGAGCAAUAUAAAUGCUUAUGGUAAUGACUGCUACGAUCCUUCUUAUGAUGCUUUGAGAACUUAUAGCCGAGAAAAUGAACAACGCAGAUAUGCAUUCCUGAACGUGGAAGAUAUUCCAAAGUUUUGGGAUUGGAGAGACAUCAAUGGCGUAAAUUAUUGCAGCCCAGUUAGAAAUCAACACAUUCCACAAUGGUGCGGAAGUUGUUGGGCUAUGGGCACAACAAGUGCUCUUGCUGACAGAAUUAAUAUUGAAAGAAAAGGAAAAUGGCCAGGUGCCUACUUAUCGGUUCAAAAUGUUAUUGAUUGUGGAAAUGCUGGUUCAUGUCAAGGAGGUGGUAUGCUUGGUGUAUACGAAUAUGCAAAAAAACAAGGCAUCCCGGAUGAAACCUGUAAUAAUUAUCAAGCAAAAAAUCAAAAAUGUGACGAAUUCAAUCGUUGCUAUACUUGUAUGCCCAAUUCUUGUUACAAAAUUGCUAAUUAUACUUCAUGGAAAGUUAAGGACUAUGGUCAAGUGAGUGGAAGAAAGAAAAUGAUGGCUGAAAUCUAUGCUAAAGGACCAAUAGCCUGUGGAAUAUCCGUAACGGACAAAUUUUUAGCCUAUAAUAAUGGAAUCUAUAGCGAAUAUAAUACUCAGCCAUCUAUUAACCAUGUAUUAUCUAUAGUUGGUUGGAAUGUUGACAAAGCAACUGGAAUUGAAUAUUGGAUUGGAAGGAAUUCAUGGGGUGAACCUUGGGGCGAACGAGGAUUCUUCCGAAUCGUUACCAGUGCUUAUCAGGGAGGUAAAGGAGAUAAUUACAAUCUAGGCAUAGAAUCCGGAUGCACAUAUGCCGAUCCAAUUAUUACAUUCUAA